GGCUCCGGGCGUGCUAGAGGGAGAAAAAAAUAGUGGCUUUGAUGUUCUCUACCAUAAUAUGAAACAUGGACAGAUAUCAACAAAAGAACUAGCAGAUUUUGUAAGAGAAAGAGCUACAAUAGAAGAGGCAUAUUCCAGGUCAAUGACAAAACUAGCAAAAUCUGCAAGCAAUUAUUCACAACUUGGAACAUUUGCACCAGUGUGGGAUGUAUUCAAAACAUCUACAGAAAAAUUAGCAAAUUGUCACUUGGAUCUUGUUAGAAAAUUACAAGAAUUAAUAAAGGAAGUUCAGAAAUAUGGAGAAGAACAAGCAAAAUCUCAUAAAAAGACUAAAGAAGAAGUUGCAGGAACUCUGGAAGCUGUCCAAACCAUUCAGAGCAUAACUCAGGCCCUCCAGAAAUCCAAGGAAAAUUACAAUGCCAAGUGUGUAGAACAGGAGCGUCUAAAAAAAGAAGGAGCUACACAAAGAGAAAUAGAAAAGGCAGCUGUUAAAUCUAAGAAAGCUACAGAUACGUAUAAACUCUAUGUGGAAAAAUAUGCAUUAGCAAAAGCUGAUUUUGAACAGAAAAUGACAGAAACAGCCCAGAAAUUUCAAGAUAUUGAAGAAACUCAUCUCAUUCACAUAAAGGAAAUAAUCGGAUCCUUGUCAAAUGCUAUAAAGGAAAUUCAUUUGCAAAUAGGCCAGGUUCAUGAAGAAUUUAUAAACAAUAUGGCUAAUACAACCAUUGAAAGUUUAAUACAAAAAUUUGCUGAGUCAAAAGGCACUGGAAAGGAGAGACCUGGCCUCAUUGAAUUUGAAGAAUGUGACCCUGCUAGUGCAGUUGAAGGCAUAAAACCAAGGAAAAGAAAGACUUUUGCUUUGCCAGGAAUAAUUAAAAAGGAAAAGGAUGCAGAAUCUGUGGAAUGCCCCGAUGCAGAUUCACUUAACAUUCCUGAUGUAGAUGAAGAAGGUUAUAGUAUUAAACCAGAAGGAAAUCAGAAUGAUACCAAAGAGAACCAUUUCUACUCAUCUAGUGAUUCUGACUCUGAAGAUGAAGAACCAAAGAAGUACCGGAUAGAAAUCAAGCCUAUGCAUCCAAAUAACUCACAUCACACAGUGGCUUCUUUGGAUGAAUUAAAAGUUUCUAUAGGGAAUAUAACACUCUCACCAGCAAUAUCUAGACACAGUCCGGUACAGAUGAAUCGGAAUUCGUCUAAUGAGGAAUUAACAAAAUCAAAGCCAUCUGUUCCACCCAAUGAAAAAGGAACCAGUGAUUUACUUGCUUGGGACCCCCUAUUUGGACCAUCUCUUGAUUCAUCAUCUUCAGCUUCACUAACUUCAUCAUCAUCAGCCAGGCCCACAACUCCUCUUUCUGUAGGCACCAUUGUCCCACCUCCAAGGCCUGCUUCCAGACCAAAGCUUACUUCAGGCAAACUCAGUGGGAUUAAUGAAAUACCCAGGCCAUUCAGUCCACCUGUAACUUCCAAUACCAGCCCACCUCCUGCUGCUCCUUUAGCCCGGGCAGAAAGUUCUUCCUCUAUCUCAUCAUCUACUUCAUUGAGUGCUGCCAAUACUCCAACAGUAGGUGUGUCACGGGGUCCUAGCCCUGUCAGCCUUGGAAAUCAGGACACUUUACCUGUGGCAAUCGCCCUUACAGAGUCUGUAAAUGCGUAUUUUAAAGGAGCAGAUCCCACCAGAUGUAUUGUGAAGAUCACUGGUGAUGUGACUAUAUCAUUUCCAAGUGGAAUUAUUAAAGUCUUCACUAGCAAUCCCUCUCCUGCUGUGCUGUGCUUCAGGGUGAAAAAUAUCAGCAGACUUGAGCAGAUUCUUCCAAAUUCACAACUUGUGUUCAGUGAUCCAUCACAGUGUGAUUCCAACACAAAAGAUUUUUGGAUGAACAUGCAAGCUGUUACCAUCUACCUCAAGAAGUUAUCAGAGCAAAAUCCAGCUGCUUCGUAUUAUAACGUGGAUGUAUUAAAGUAUCAGGUAUCGUCAAAUGGCAUUCAGUCCACUCCUUUGAAUCUUGCAACAUACUGGAAAUGUAGUGCCAGUACCACAGAUCUUAGAGUGGAUUAUAAGUAUAAUCCAGAAGCUAUGGUGGCACCUAGUGUGCUUUCCAACAUACAGGUGGUGGUACCAGUGGAUGGAGGAGUCACAAAUAUGCAGUCCCUUCCCCCUGCAGUGUGGAAUGCGGAACAAAUGAAAGCCUUUUGGAAAUUGUCUGGUAUUUCAGAAAAAUCAGAAAAUGGAGGUUCUGGGUCCCUCAGGGCAAAAUUUGAUCUUUCAGAAGGACCCAGUAAACCCACAACACUUGCAGUGCAAUUCCUCAGUGAGGGCAGUACACUCUCAGGAGUAGAUAUUGAACUUGUUGGCACUGGCUAUAGGCUUUCCUUAGUAAAGAAGCGGUUUGCCACUGGACGAUACCUGGCAGAUUGUUGAUGGACCUGAGAAAGUGGUUGGCUUAAGGGAGUAAUACAGACCUGCCAUUCUGCAUUAUACCUGUUCUUUCCAAACACUAUUGUAACUUAUAUGAUUUCUUUCAAACUUAGACAUAUUUGAGAGCUAACUACAAACAUUAAAUCGCACUUUCAAAGUGAGUCAUUGAAAGAAAUAGCACUGAAAUGAUUUUGUACGCUGUAAACGAUCAUAUGCAAUAUUCAGGAAACACAUUUAUUCCGAUUCUCAGUAAAAAUGAAGUUUUCAUAGGCUAAAAUUUUAAAUUAUCUUCAGUGUCUAUGUUUAAAAGGGGGGGGUUAUAGUGUAUAUCAGGCCUAAAAUUUCAGGAGAGCAAGCACAAAAUAAUUUAGCUUUCCGUAAAUUUUUAGUCUAAGAUAGCUUUGAAAUUUCAUAAGUUUGAUAUUGAAUGAAUAUGAACAGAACAUGAAUUCUAAGUUUUAGAUAAUGUUAAUAACUCAGAUCACUCAAUUAAAUUGAGUUAUGUGCCAUAAGGUAAUCAAACCAGAGUUCCAGCUGUAUGCAAAAAAUCUAUAAUUUGAUUCUCAUAAACAUAUUAAUAAGGUGUAAAUGGUGUUUUAUAUGAUUUUUGAAAUUUUCUCAAGUGCAAUGUGUUUUAAAAAUAAGCUUGCAAAAGACAGCAGAGAAAUUUACUUCUGCAAUUAACUUUAUAGAACUUGUGAUUGUUUUGAUGAAUUAAUGGUGUAGAUUUAAUUUAUUUUUAUAUGGAUUGCAUAAUGUGUGCCUUUUAAAACAAUAACAAAAACCAGAAACGUGCCUAAGUUUGUGUUCAUUAAUGUGCCUCACUUUUUUCCCCUUACAAUAGAUCUCUUACUCAGAAUCUUACAGUGGUUAUGAAUUUUUAUAGGAUAUUUGCAAUUUUUGUUAAUACCUUUGGCAUUCCUUUGGGAAGAGAAUUCAGAACAACUAAAGGAUAAUUUAUACUUCAGAACCCUGGCUCACCUUAGUGAUACACUGUAGCCACUAGACAGAGAAAUAAGCCUAAGAAAGUAUGUUUACAGGAGGAAAAAAUUACCUUCAGAUAUCUGACAUUAACCUCAUCAAAAGUAUGUGAAACAGAUAAAUUCUGAAAAACUAUGAUGGUAAAUUGGAAACUGGUAUUUUAACUCUCAAUUAAGCAUUUCCCUCAACCGUGUUUAUUAUCACUGAAAAUUUACACAUUUUUAAACUGAUUAUAUUGUGAACAUGAGAUUUGUAGUAUUGUAUGAAGAACACAUUUUUUAAAGAUUAUUUUUGGCCCCAGAGGGAGAAGUACUAUCACUUGUUUUCAUUUGAACAAUUGGAAAAAUUACCAGUUUUUGUGUUUUUAUUAUUUAAUUCCUACAUGGUAAAUAUAGGUAAAUUAUUUGAAGCGAUAGAUUGGAUUAAGCUCUUAAAAUGAACUAUUCAUACUAAAUAGUAAAAAGCCUAACUUUGUAUUCAUGAAAUAUUUUAAACAAAGUUUCAUAAUUUACAGAUGGGAAUUUAUUUAUAAUGACAAAAAACAGUGUCAUUCAUUUUGCAAAGAAUUGAUAACUUGUGUUAUAUAUGAUAAUUUAUAUAAAACCACUAAUUGUAAUAUUAAGCUUUACAGAAAAUAAAACCCCUAUCACUAGACAUUUAUGUAACAUCUUGCUACAUUCUAAAUAUGCAGAAACUCUACUCCUUAGCAGUAUGUAACACAGUAUGUGCAUUUUUAUAUAUCCAGUGUUAGCCCAAUUCUAAAUUUAGAUUUGACUAAAGCAACACAUAAGACAAUUUGCUAAAAUUUUAGUCUUUACUAAAUAGCAAAAUUAGGAUUUCUAACUCUUAUAUUGUGCUCUUUUAAAUGCCAAUUACAGUCCUUUACUGGAAUUUUAACUGUAAGUCUGCUUUGCAAUCAAACUACUUUUAUUAGGCAGUUAAUAUUUCAUUAUUGGAAUUCAGACACUAUUAUACUCACCAUGUUUGUUUUUAAUCAAGUAUUACCUUUAAAAUGUACAAUUAGUGAAAUGGUUAAACUUCUGCACUUUCUUAAUUGCCACAGUUUUCAUACCAAGUGUUGAUACAUAAAUUUGUAUUGGGUACAGGUUACAAUUUUGAAGCCAUAUGAGUUUAUACUAAUGUUUUUUUUCUUUUAAAAAUUCACUAAUAGUGUAAAAAAACCCACAGAUUUUUGAUGGGAAAUAUGUCUAGCAAGCUGGUUCUUGCUUAUGUAUAGUGAUAAACUUUGUAGCUGCCUCUUUAACCAAGAUUUUGUAAACACAGAAUGCUAACAAAUGUGAGUUUUUAAGGAUUGUUAUUUACUACUUUGGAUUGUAAUUAGAACAAUGCACAUUUAUCUUCCAAAAUUUUGUAAAUAUUUUUGAUUUUUUUCAUAAAAUGUAAAUUUUACAUAAAAGUUGUACCCUUAAUAAACAUGUAAUAUAUAAUUUA